AUAAACACAACUUCUUUAUCACCACCGCACGCAACCAACGGAGAGUUUCUAAAAAGUUUAUCUUUUGCUCCAAGUUAGAAAAACUAGAAAAGAGUUUGGUUAGAUAUGUGGAACCGAAAGCCGUGUUUUAGGUUUGAGAUAGAUAACUUGUCGGAGAAGAAAGCUGUCAUAUCGUCUAAAACAUUCGUGAGCGGCGGAUGCGAAUGGUAUCUCGACAUUUAUCCCAAGGGAGAUCGUCUUGCUAAUGGUCACUUGUCAAUGUACCUUAGCGUUGCAAAUUCUACAAAAUUGCGAACUGGAUGGAAAAGAAGUGUUAACUAUUACUUCGUUUUGUUGAAUCAAUCCGACAAAGAACUCCACAGAUCACCAAUUGGACAAGGAGUCAACUUGUAUUGUGCUUCGCAUCCAUCAUGGGGUUUCGGGAAGGUCUUGCCUGUAAGCAAGUUUCAGGAAAAGGGGUUUUUGGAGAAGGACAAACUCAUCAUUGAAGUCUACAUUAAAGUUAUUGAAGCUUUUGAUGGAGAAGAAGUAUCCAACAAUAAGAAGAAUAAGACUGUUGAUAUCAACGGUUUUCAAGUUUUUGCUUCUCAGGUUACUAAAGUGGGAAAGGUAUUCACAGAUCACCCAGACAUUGCUUUAGAUGUCAAACCAACGAAACAAGAGGUGAAGACAGCAUACAUGCAUGUCCUCCUCAGGGUCAUUAAAACACUCAACAAGCCUCCAAAGAGCCUUUCAGAGACUACACUUAACAAGGCUAGCAGCGAUUUGAGUGAGCUGAUGGACGUAGGUUUCAAGCUUGACUGGUUGAAGCUAAAGUUUGAUGAGGUUUCCUUGGAGAGGAAGAAAGCAGAUGACACUAAUGAGUCUCGUGCCCAACGACUGGAGAAACGUGCCAAGAAACUUGAGCUGAUGGAAUUAGACUUCAAGCUUGACUCUUUGAAUAGGAAGAAAGCAGAUGAUACUAAGGAGUCCCUUGCCAGAGAAGUAGAGAAGCGUGCUGCGCAGAUGGAAUUGGGAUUUAAUAGGCGUUUGAAUAAGAAUCUUGGUGACUUGGAGAGGAAGAGAUCAUAUGAUACUAGUGUCUUUGACUCUCGAAUCAAACAAAUCGAGGGACAUGUCAUGGGUCUAGGAUUAAAGCUGGACAGCUUGAAUACAAAGCUUGAAGAUAUGUCCAAAGAGAAGAAGAAAGCUGAUGAUGAUGCUGAUGUUACUCUGGUCCAAGAACUCAAGAACCUUGAGCUGAUGGUCUCGGAUAUCAAAGUUGAACUUGACAAGAAAAAGAACAUAUCUUCUGAUGAUGGGUUCUUGUUGGUCGACUAGGUUGCUUGACCUAGAGAUCAAGUUAUUAGUUUUUUUUUUUAAGAAGACACUACUAUCGUUUCACUAUUUUUCUUUCUUUCUUAUUUGAAUGCUGCUUUCUGGUAUUCUAAUAAUCUAGAGAUUCAACUUUAGUUAAAAUACCUGGUUAUGUCUCUCUUCCUGAACGUUGCAAGCUAGCUUAUGUUCUGUUAUGAUAAAUCAAUAGGAUAUUUAAUCUUUGUUUUGUUUCAUUGUCGCAAUUAGUCGAGCGUUGCACCGAUCCAAAACAUUACAUAAUUUUGUAAACCCUAAUUAUAUUGUUAUGGUUCAUAUAAUUCCCAUGUUGUUUGGCAUAGUAGACACAUUAUUUUAAG